AUGACUGGCUCCUUGUUCGGAUAUUCAAACCUGGGAGGGCCCUCCAAAAGAGCACGUCGAGCUGAAUUCAACUAUCGAGUUGAUGACGGCAAGUACGUCUUUGAGCAGCUGGUCAAGGAUACUUACGAUUCGGUCGAGGCUGAGUACUCACCCACCGAGAGAAAUCGUUGGUGUCGAUCCAAGUGGAAGGUUGGGAUAGCUUGUGUGCAUUUCCCAACCGUCGUCAGCAUCGACAGGCUGGGUCACUGGGGGGUCUACAUCCGUCGAGAUGACCAAAAGGAGCUGGAAAUUAACUUCCCACAGGACAUAUACAGAGUCUAUGGGAGCAACUGGACCAGCGAGUCCGUUGAGGCCCUCCAACUUGAAGCUGUUUGGCAAGCCAAGGGGAACCCCGAAUUCAAGCGGGAUGUCCAGCCCGAUGAAAUUGUCUUUGUUCGCAGGCCAGCUGCGUCGGGCCACCAUGAGCGCGAUCAUUCACCCGAGGAACUGUACCAAGAACAGGAAAUGUACUUCAGCUGGCCCGAAUUUGUGCUAGCAGUUCUUACUAACAGAAGAGCAGCACAGUUUGUCCUUCAAGAGUACGUGGUGAGGCCGUGGAGACUUGAGACAGCAAAACUGUUACCCAGCGACCGAGCAAAGACUGUACGCGAGCUCAAUACGGUGGCCGCUUAUCACCUCUUGGACAACAACUGUCAGGACUUCUCCCGGCUGCUCAUGGGCUUGAUGCUGAAGAACCGCUGGGGAGACCCGGGGCGCCUGAACAAGCCCUUUGUCUUGGAUGAAUUGUCGGAUGAGUGGAUGAGCAUCAAUAACUCGUGGUCACGCGAGGCGCUCAAGGCACAGAAGCAGAAUGAGCGCGGAUUUCUGUAUGGUGUCCCAUUGAUGCUACAUCGCCUGGAGCAGCCAGACAAAGAUGACCUAAUCAAGAUGGAGCCAGAAGAUGCAAGGAGAUUCUGGGAGAGAUUGCCGAGCCGCCCAGGCAAAGCCCCGGAGGAACUACUACGCAAGCUCGACAACUGUCGGUUGGCAAUCCAAUUGGCUGAAGCCUACACAUGUCGGAUGACCAUGUCGACUAGAGACUACAUCCGAAUACUGGACAGCACGGAAGCGAACGAUAUGGCGGAAUAUGUAAGGCGCCAGUUCCCCGAGGCCUUGGAAUCUCAUGCUGCAACCGUCAGGGCAUGGUUUGUGUCAUUCCACCACAUCUCGCGCACUGACAAAGCUGCCUGGGAUCUCCUGGCGUUCAUAUCGUGGAUCCAACCUGCAAACAUCCCAAAGUCGCUGCUGCCGGAGCCUGAGUCUGGGUCAUUGGACAACACAAUCGAAAAGUUGGUCAGAUAUCGCCUGCUGAAGAUUGGAGGGGCCAAUCAUCUCGAAAUGCAUCCCCUGCUCCACUAUCUAACCCAGAUCGGUAUUCAACAAGCCGAACGUGGGAAAGAUACCAUCCUCAAGGCGGUUCGUCAUGUUGCCACACACUUUGCCGGUGGCAAUGCCAUGAAUCGGAAUGAUUGGGAACAGUAUGGGAGUCAUCUCCACAAACUGUAUGCCAAUAGCAACGGUCUGAUGAAUCAGGAAGACGAGGCUACUUUUGAUGUUGCUUUCUUGAUUGGUCGGGGUCUGCUGAUCAACGGUGAGGCAGACUCUGCGGCUGUCUACCUGAAAGAAGCUCUUGCUUGGAGGGGACUUCGUCUGAGCGAAAACAGCCCAAAGCGGCUCGAAUCACAGCUCGAGCUUGCAAGGGCCUACGCGGGAAGGAAGCAUUCACAUCUGGUGAUCGACAUGCUCAAGGACGUCAAGCCUCUUCAGCAAUUCUUGAACAAGAACCGGCUCAGCCUUGGCCAACGACUGAUGGGCAAAAAGCCCAGUACCAUGACCUCCGAGGUGGGCGAUGAGCUUCUGCUCAUCUUGAACCUCGCACUCGAGCUCGCCAAGGCUUUCAUAGCAUUAGCCAAGCAUAAAGAAGCUGCCAAGGUGUUCGCCGAACUCGAAAAGGCAGAGCCUGCGGGCCUCAUCGAGGAUCAUCCGGGUUGGACUGCACACAGGGAAGAGCUCGUGCACACCCUGGCUCUCAACUGGCAGUUGAAAGACGAGAUCAAACUCCGAGAAAAGAUCCUGGAUGCCGAGAGCCACCCUGAGCGACUUCCAUCGCAGAGAAAGCAGGCGAUUGAUCUGGCAAAGGCCUACCAGGAAAGCCAUCAGUACCAGGAGGCCAUCGACCUGCUCAACAAGCUCCAUCGUUUCACGACUGAUCCAAAAGAAGAGCUGGAACUGCUUGGGACACUCACAACAGUAUGGCAGCACGUUGAUAUGGACAAGGCAAGGGCACUCAGGCCGAGGCUGGUUGAAUUGCAGAAGGAAAUUAACAAAUGA